AUGGAGGAUCCGAGUCGCCUACCUCGCCCGGCUCAAUUCCAGUACCAUCUUCUACAUCCUCACUCGCUCCAGACUCCCAGCUCUUCUCUGCCGUCGAAUCCACGCCGUGUCCGCCGCUUCACUCCGCCGCCGGACCAUCAAGACUCCAAACCUCAAGGCGUUUCUGACAAGGCUCUCACUUCACGCGCCGACGCGUACGCCGCUUUCUCUAAGCUUGAGUUGGGGAAGAUUAAAGAAGAACCAGAUAAUUGUGAGGCUCAGACAUGUGGGCAGGCAACUGCUGCUGAACAGAAGAAUGUACUUAAUGCUCCUGUAUCCACUAUACCAAAGUCGUGGACAGGUGUGCAGAAGUUCACUAAAUCAAAGGUUGCUAAGCUUAUAAAAUCCGAGGCUGUAAAUAUGGAGUCUCAAAAUGGCAUGGCUCCAGUUACUAGUUGCCGAUAUGACAGUUCUUUAGGGUUGUUAACCAAGAAAUUCGUCAGAUUACUUCAGGACACCAAGGAUAGAACUCUUGAUUUAAACAAAGCAGCAAAGGUGUUGGAGGUUCAAAAGAGGAGGAUAUAUGAUAUUACAAAUGUUCUCGAAGGAAUCAAUUUGUUGGUAAAAGUCUCAAAGAACCACGUCCGCUGGAAGGGCCAUGUUGUACCGGUGGAACUGGAUGAUCAUGUUUCUAGAUUAAAGGAGGAGGUCGAAUCUUUAUCUGCUGAAGAAUGCAGGCUUAAUGACGCUAUAAGGAAAAAACGAGAGCUUAUAAGGACUGUGAAGGAAGAUAGGAACAAUAAAAAGUACCUCUUUUUGAAGGAGGGAGAUAUCUUGAGCCUUCCCUGCUUCCAGAAUCAAACUCUUAUUGCAAUAAAAGCUCCUCAUGCUAGUACUAUUGAAGUUCUUGAUCCUGAUGAGGAUAUUGAUUUUCCCCAAGGACAGUACAGAAUGACAGUCAGAAGCGCCACGGGACAGAUAGAUUGUUACCUGUUAAGUGAUUACCAAAGUCAACAACAAGGCAUUACCGUUAAGCAGGAAAACUCAACAAGCUCAUCUCCUUGCAGUAACACUGGCUAUUGCAGAAUGGAAGAUGGAGGGAUGUCACCAGAAUUUCACAGCUUACCAGACACAGAGCCAGAGGCAUCUUCUGGGAUGCAGAAAAUUGUUCUUUCACACUUAAAUGCCAACGAUGACUAUUGGUUUAGAUCAGAACCAGAAGUCAGCCUUACUGAUCUCUGGGCAACUAAUUAAACAACCCCCUUGUAGACAAUUCUGUGAAGAGUGCUGCAGGGUUUGGGUUUGGCUGUAACCUAACUGUAAAUAGGUACGAGGUUGUUAAUUCUUCCAGACGACAUGAAAGACGGUGCUCUUUCGUGUUCCAGAUGCAAAUCGUGUAUCAAGUUUUUUUCGUUUUU